AUGGGGAAGCCACGGAUGAUUAUUUUGGUGCGCCAUGCACAGUCAGAAGGCAACAAAAACCGCGACAUUCAUCAAACUAUUCCAGAUCACCGUGUAAGGCUCACUGCUGAAGGGCAUCGACAAGCCCACGAUGCAGGCCGUCGACUACGUGAUCUCCUCCAACCAGAUGAUAAACUUCACUUUUUCACAUCACCUUAUCGGCGGACAAGAGAGACUACUGAGGGAAUUAUUGACUCUUUAACCUCCGACACAACCGCUCCUUCGCCCUUCCCAAGACAUACAAUCAAAGUUUAUGAAGAACCUCGUCUGCGAGAACAAGAUUUCGGUAAUUUCCAGCCAUGCUCUGCAGAGAUGGAGCGUAUGUGGAUGGAGCGGGCAGACUACGGGCAUUUCUUCUACCGGAUUCCCAAUGGCGAAUCUGCAGCAGAUGCAUAUGAUCGCGUGAGCGGGUUUAACGAGUCCCUUUGGCGCCAGUUCGGCGAGGACGACUUUGCAAAUGUCUGUGUUCUUGUUACGCACGGCCUUAUGGCACGAGUAUUUCUAAUGAAGUGGUAUCACUGGAGCGUGGAAUACUUUGAGGACCUUCGCAACAUUAACCAUUGCGAGUUCCUCGUCUUGACGCUCAACCCUGAAAAUGGAAAAUAUACACUACAAAAUAAGCUUCGAACCUGGUCAGAUCUUCGAAAAGAUCGAGAGGAUGAAAAUGCAUCCAAAGAGCAGGUUCCUGCACCCACCCUGCCUUCUGGAGACCAUGUCCCAAUUCGGCGCAAGUGGGGCGGCUGCCCAGAUGGCUGCACUCACGGCUUGACUGCAGAUGGAAAACAAACGCUGCGAUCGAAUCUACUGCAUUCCGUGCGUCACGAACAUGGCUAUCCUCAACCAAAGCAUGUCGAUGAGCAUGCAGGCAGUUUUGGCUCCAAACUUCACAAAUCUGUAUCCAUCGACGAGGUGAUAUCAUCCUCGGAAGAAAAUGCGAUUCAGAACGAUACCAGCCGCAAACCGAGCGCUCAGUAUGUCUCCAACGGAGACACCACGAAGCAUUACAAUCCUGGCUUAGAAGCCCGGCCAACCGUGAAUCCAUUGCAUCCAAAACGACCAACCCUCCACGGACUGAGCCGAAAUAGCGAAGACCAUCUUCUCCACCAACCAACAGCCACGUCCUCGGCAUCAGCGCACCUAAGGUACGCUCUCCUCCACCUUGGCGGCCGUGACGGUGGAGGCUCCAUGAGCGGAGCAAACAGCCUCGCCCCAUCCGACGACGAAGGCGACGACCACGAUCACCACCGUCAUGCUAUACCAACCUCUUCCAGCCUGGCCGCUGGCAAUUUAUCCCAUGGGAACCAGCAAAACUUUGAAUUCUCGUCUAGCGGGCAAACCCAGCGGUCACCUCCCUCCCAGGAGCUUGAAGAUGAUGGCGAUGACGAGAUGAGCGUCAAUGCCACUUCUAUCGAGAAAAUGAAGAAAUCUCGCCUGCAUUAUCCCCAUCACCACCACCACAACUAUCAUCAUCACAAUGAUUCUUCUUCCUCUGACCAACCUGAGCACCGCAUGGCCAAUAUCCUAGGCGACGGAGACGAGUUAUCCAACCACUCGGAAUCACAGACGCAAAGAUUAGAAAGUUCGUCAUCGGAUUCUGCGUCUCAUCUUCAUAUUGAGGAAUUAUCCUUAGAGGAACAGCAGAAGCAAGAUCAGAGUAUCCAAGGGAGCGUCUUCUAA